GAUCAGUCGCCUGGAAGCAAUAAGCGUACUAUCGAAUAUAGACGGGCUGUUGCACGAGCAUACAUGAUGAAGUGUAUGGCCUGAUGACUGGAGUAUUGCUGAGGUGAGCAGUAGGGAGGAGGGGUUCUGAGUCCACGAACGCGUGCUUUCACAGCAGCGCAAGACUAUUUGAGAGAACUCCAGAGGACUCGGAGCCUUCCCGGGACCUUCACGUCACUUUUUGGCGGGAGAUAGUAGGGUUGCAAGCUCGUUCAUCAAUCAGGGUCCUCUUUGUCGGAACGUGACAGCGGCGACAGAUGCCGGAUGCGAUCUUGAACCAUAGCUAGCAUUGACUCGUCUCCUUCCGUCCAGCAGUCCAUGGUGCGCUCGUGGUGGGUCAGAUGGUCCACGAUGCAGUGCGAUGGACGCCGAGGUGAACGUGGUGGUACAACGCGCUUAUCUCUCGACGCUGACAGGCGAGGAGCCAUGUCACAGCAACAUAGGCUAACACCAUGCUGGUCUCCUGCGGUGCUGACGGUCACCACGCCGUUAGUCAUGCAAUAUCACGAUGCAAUCAUCAAAGCCAUGGUGGAGACUGCGCAUAGCAAUGGAGCAGCUUCAACGGUGCUCGACAAGGUGUUGAUAGUGAAGAUAGCGGAUGGUGGGUGUAGUCGUGGUAGCAUCGAGGGCGGAGAGCGUUACACGCAUGGCGCGAGGCCGUCGUCCCCUAGCGCGAGUCAGGCACUGCAGGCGCGACCAAGGAAACGGAUGGGUCCCGAUAACAGCGACAGGGGGGCUCCACACAGGCCGCCUCGAGCUGCCGAACCUUGCAAAGGCUCGCCACCAGACAGCUGCAGCAUCGCGCAACGGGAAGGCGCUGUUUGGCAGUGA